AUGGUGGCUGUGCCCUCCUCCACGGCAGUAGCAACUACUACUAGUGCACAUCUUUGUUCAGGGACAAACAGAUUAUUACUAUACAAUGGCAGUAGCACACGGGUCAUUUCAUUUUGUAGUGAGCAUUUUGAUUUUCCGGCCGUCAGAAUGAAGCCGCCGAGAAGGGUUCGUCUCGUUGCGAAAAAUUCAGGGACCAGUGAGGUUUCUGCAGAUGCCGGAGAGGUGGAGGUGGAGGGAUCCGACCAGAAGCUGGAACAAGUUCCGACCGGCGAGCCUUCUUUGAUUUCUGCCCUCAACGUUGAGAAGGCUCUUCGUGGCAUUGCAAUUACUGAUGCAGAUCACUAUGGAAGACUUGGACUUCAAAGAGGAUGUUCUUAUGAUCAGGUGUCAAUUGCAUACAAGAAUAAGGUUGAAGAAGUGAUGAAUCAACAGCUCCCGGAAGAAGAACUUCAAACCAGUCUUGAUCAAUUAAAGGAAUCCUUUCUGAUUUUGUCGACCGUGGAGGAAAGGAGGCUAUACGAUUGGAGUUUGGCGAGAACUGAAAAUCCAGACAGAUACAAGUGGCCUUUUGAAGUUGACAUUUCUCAAACUCCAAAAGAUGGAACACCCCCUCCACAGGAACCUGAAGAUGUAGAGACAACAAGAUUGGUUGGGUAUUUCAUAUUAGGUAUUUUUGUUCUAUCAAUUAUCUUGUCAAUUACCCUCAAUCAACAAUAA